GCAGCCCUCUUCCCCCCCCUCCAUCAUCAUCACACCCCACCCAGCACACCCAACACACCCACCACCCAAGUUGCCUCCGUCCAUCCCAUCCGAGUCCGAACCCGUUUCCUCCUUCUACCUCCGUCGUCACUGUACCAGCACCAGCAGCAGCAGCAGCAGCCUCCGCCCGCCUUCCCCCAUCACCAUCAGCACCAGCACCGCCGGCGGCAUCAUCCACGGCAGCAUCUCUAGACUGGCGGCUGCACCAAGGGCAUCAACAACAACAACAGCAGCAGCAACAAGGACGUCUGUCUCUGUCGCCAUCGUCUGCACCCUUGCCCCCCCAAAGCAGCAGCAGCACGAGCAGUAGCAGCAGCAGCCGCCCCUAUUCAAGGCCAAGACAGCCAGAUUCCCAGCGGCCAGCCCCAGCAUCCACCCCUGCGUUACUCUCCCACGGACCAGGCCAUCAUCACCCAAUAGACCACCACACGGUAGUCGCACCUCCCUCCUCUUCCUCCUCCCCUUAUUGGAACAGUGCACCUUCCUCGCAUCAGCAACAGCCGCAACGCGAUCACUCUUCUGGCACGCUAGUCCCACCGCGACGCGUCCAACACCGGCCACCUCCACUGCAUCUUGUCGCAUCUCACUCGAGCCCUCCCACAUCGUACCCUCCUCCUCAUCCCCACGCAAACGAGUACCUGUCUCCAUCCCGCUACACAUUCUACCCAAGCCCAGAUACAUUUAAUCCAUCGCCAAGUCCACAGCAACUGUCGGACAGCGCCUCUCCACUGCAAUCACAACAAAACGCGUCACUGCAUCCAGCCUACAGCGGUAACAACACGUUCCCGCAUCCAACGGCCAGCCCAUCAAACACUGCACUAUCAAUAUCGCCGACUGAGCACACCCACUGGGGAGCUCAGCCAGAUCACGUAGCCAACCUGUAUCCUCCAGGCCAAAUCCCCAUUGGUGCAGCCGCACCCCAAACGUCAACGUCCCCAGAGACGGCCACUAUCCCACCCCCAGCCACGACCGAAGCCGACACGCUGUCGUCUGCAACCGGCCAGCCUACGGGCGCUGAGGCGACCCACGCUACGGGCACUGCCGAUCAGGCGCACGCCGCGGCGGCGGAUGCCCAUGCACAGGCGUCUUUAAACCAGUCGCCAGUACACGCAGCUGCGGCUGCCUGGGCGAACCCUACAAUGCCGUACUACAACUCGGUUCCUGGCCAGGUCGACUACUUGGCAGGCGACUACACCAACAUCAACGGCGUCAUCCCACAACUGCAGGCCGAACACUAUGUUGCGGGAGCUGCCGACGACUACAACGGAGUAACCCUGUCCAACUGGGCGGAGGCGAACGCGGCCGCCGACGCUAACGGCGGUGUGCCUUCGCUUGUCACCGAUGAUGCCAACGGUGGCCAGGUUGUCAUUCCCGACCACCACGACCACGACCACCACGCGGCGGCGCAAGCUCUCGCAAUCUCUGGCAACGGAGACGGCGAGAAGCCCAAGAAGCUCGUGUUGGCUUGCCACUUCUGCCGGGGCCGAAAGCUCAAGUGCGAUGGCGGCCGCCCGACCUGCACGCAUUGUGCCAAGCGCCAGCUUGUAUGCACAUACGACGAGCAGGUUCGCCGACGAGGUCCAGGGAAGAGAACGAAGGAGAUGCGCGAACGAGCCGCACGCGAGGCUGAGGCUGCAGGCUUAGGGCUCAACCCCGAGUCGUUAGCCCACCUCACGGGGGAGGCUGGCCCGUCUACUCUUAUCGAGGCGCCCAAGAAGCCCGGACGGAAACGCAAGUCGGAGGCGGUGGACGAGGCGGAGAAGAAGGCCCGAAUGGACCAGGAGCAAGCAGAGGCGCAGGCCGCUGUCCAGGCUGCUGCCCAAGCACACGCCGCGGCUCAGCUCAGUGCUCACGUCGGGCUGGAACAUGCCCUCGGAGAGCACGAUCAGCCUUUAAUCGACCCUGCUCUGGCAGGCGAAGGGGGUGCCGUGCUCGACCUUCCUCCGCUGGAGCCGGGCACGCUGGGUCAAGUCAUCCAGCAGCUGAACGGCGCCCAGCAAUAGCACAAACCACCAUCCUCUCGCCGAAACGCCCUUACAGAAUCACCCAUGGGCUCCCAAGUCGUGUUACCCCCCUCCCCCUUCCCCAUCUAUUAUUGUUUUUUAGGUUUUCGUUCGUCCUUCCUUCGGUCAUUUGAGCCAUAGGGGUAUUUCCGUUGUACCUGUAGGCAGAUGUACAGUGCUGCAGAGGCAGCAAUGAAAGAGGAG